AUGUUCAAAACAAUAUUCGAACAUUCUCUUUUUGCAUUAUUUCUUUUGGCAUUUGCUACUGUUAUUUUUAUACCGUCUUUAGUUAUUGGAUCAAUAGGAGCACAUCGUCUACGAAUUACUCGACAACAACAAUAUAUUUAUACAAGUACAACAUGUUUCGUUUCGAACAUGUCAGAUGUAACACUUUCCUAUGAUUGUAAUUGCGAUGGAUGUCAUCCAUCAACAUGCUAUGCUGAACAUUUUGCGGUUCAGUAUCAAAUUGAGAAUGGUACAAAGAUAUCCAGUAUAAUUAAUAUUGAUCAGAUACCAGAACUAUUACAAAUUCAGAUUAACAAUAAUUACACAUGUUUUUAUGAUCGAACAGACGCCACUAAAGUUCAAUGGUUAAUGCCCAGUGAACGGCCUGCAUUAGCGAUGCUUAUUGUUGGUUUUGGUAUAUCUGUGGGCACUUAUAUUGUUGAAUAUGAUUAUAUUGCCAAAUCAUCUGAUGAAUUAACUAUAAGAAAAGGAGAUAUUAUAACAGAUGCUAUACCAGCUGAACAAGGAUGGCUCAAAGGAGAAUGUCGUGGAACAUUUGGUCAUUUUCCAGAAAAUUUUGUUACUCCAUUGACAAAAGAGAAAGCUAAAAAUCGAACAUUUGCAAAUGAACUUGGAGCACGAUUACAAUCGGCUGUUAAUGGAAAUAAUGUCGGUAAUAAGAGUGGUACAUUAAGAAAACGACCUACAAAUGAUGAUACUCUUUUUCAAUCACAACAAUCAAACAAUUUACCAAAUGGAACUUUAUUUCAAGUUAAAGUAGCAUAUAUUUAUACACCUGUACAUGAAGAUGAAUUAUCAAUUAAUCCAAAUGAUAUUAUUAAUGUCACACGAAUGGUCGAAGAAGGUUGGUAUGAAGGUACUCUCAAUGGUAAACUUGGUUUGUUUCCAUCAAAUUAUGUCACACGUAUUACUGAUGAAACAAAUCAUAAAAAAGAUCCACCAAUUAAACGUAAACCAGUUAAUGGUCUUAGCGCAUUAGUUAAUAAAGAAGUCAAUAAAUCAGUUUCACCAACAUCAAUAGAUACUCCACAAUCUCAACAAAAAACUCCACCGACGCCACCAUUAUCAGCGUCGAAAAAGUCAACACCAGUAAAAGCUCGUGUUUUAUUUGAUUAUAAAAAAGCAGCUGAUGAUGAGUUAACUUUAACAGUUAAUGAUAUUGUUACGAUACUUGACAAACAUCUUGAAGAUGAAGGAUGGUGGAAAGGUGAACUUCAUGGUCGUGUUGGAGUAUUUCCUGAUAAUUAUGUUGAAGAAAUUCCAGCAUCAUCAAUAAAUACAAAGCAUCGACCAAAUACACCUGAAGCAGGAGCAAAAAAUCUUUCUCAAACAUUACCAAAAACAAAAAUAACUAAUGGAGAUUCAUCUCAUGAUUUUUCAAAUAAUUCUCAUCAUACAAAACCAACAUCGAUUAGUGAUGAAGAAGGAUAUUCAUCACGUAAUCAUUAUGCAGAAAUCAAUAAUCUUGAUGCUGUCGGAACAACUGAAAAACUUAGUGGUUUUAAUAAACCAAAACCUUUAUCAGCUAAACGACCACCAUCAUCAACAAUACGAAAAAAUGAAAAUGGAUUGAGUAAAACAACAGGUUCACUCGAUGAAACAAAUCAUAAUAAUCGUCCACAAUUUAAUGAUAUUAAGAAUGAAAAUAAAGUUCAUACACCAUCACCUCCAUCAUCUCAACGAGAACCAGGACAAUUAGAAUCUCCACGAUAUACAAAUCGUCCAUCGUCUCUUCAUUCAGCAUUGAUGAAUAAUAAUAAUCAUCAUACAAAUUCUUCUCUCAAUGGUACAACAGAUUUAUCACAAACAGCAACAAAUUCUUCAUAUAUUAAUGGAAAUAUGUAUAAUAGUAGUACAAUAACAAUUGAACAAUUACAUAAAGAUUAUAUGAAAAUGAAAGUUUCUAUGGAUGAAAUGAAGAUAAAAUUUGCUGAUCAAAUACGUGAUCUUGUUGGUGAAUUAGAUGAAGAGAAAAAAGCACGUGCAACAUUACAAAUUGAACUUGAACGUCUUCAAAAACAAAUACACAAGUCUGCUCUUGUUAAUUAA